UAUCGACAAAAAACCAGAUCGACGCUCCUAUACGGAACGAGGACCCGAUCCGCUCCUUGUUUCCCACGUCCGUCCUGGAUCUGGAUCAGGAGAACGCCGCCGUGGCUGCCGCCUCACAUACGUCGCCCGUGACGGAUCACGAACAAAACCGCCGCGGAUCAGCAGCCCGCCGCCGGCGCCUCAUGUACCCACACACCACGAUCUCGUCGCAGAUCAGCAAGACACCGCCGCCGCCGCCUCGGGCAGCCACACGCCAAUCUCCGACGACGACGCCUACAGCGGCAAGCAGUGCAGGGCGUCUUCACUGAUCAGUUAUAAACCUUGCUUUCUUAAAGGUACGAAUGGGAAAUGCAAAUAGCAAGGCGCCGGAAGAGAAAAAGGUGUCAGAUGUGCAUGUACCCCCUCUUGCUGACCUACAUUCACAAGGGAGCCAAGGCCAUAAUGUUGACGGAAAUGUUGAUGAAUACAACCCAGCAAUCAUUCCCGUAGCUGACAAUGUUGACAAUUAUCAAAUGACUCCAGACUUGGAAGCACACAAGGAAACAGAUGGAACUGGCAUGACACGGUUAGAGCAGGACGAGCUUACAAACCUAACCAAACACCCUCUUUCUGAGAUAACAAUUGUUCAUCAGCCAGGGCAUGCGAGUUUACACAACCCAUCAUUCUGUAGCCAUGAUGUUGCUUCGUUCCCUGGUCCGAGUACUCUCACAGAUAUUUGUGCCUGCGGCCUUGCAGGAAGUUCAUUUGACAAUAAUGUGCCUUCGUUCCCGGAUAGGAGUACUCUUGCAUCACUUUAUGCCACAGGUCACACAGAAGGCUCAAGAGCCAGAGAAUCUGCCCACAAUGAUGUGUGUCUUAAUGCCCUUGGUUGUGGUGGUUCAGAGCUUGUGACAUCGUCUACCCCAACAUGUGAUGUAUACCCAACUCAUUCCCAGACAACGUGUGCUGUUGUGAAUGACCAAGUGAGUUCUAGCAUAACAGACGACAAAAGGGAGCAGAGAAACGCACGACGGCGAGCAACUUAUCGAAAGAAAAAGGAUGAUCAGGUCAAGCUCCAAAAUGAAAAGCAGACUGUUUCCCAACCCCCUCUUGGUGAUAUCACUAAUAUUAAUCAGCCUUCCGGUUCAAUGCCAGCCAACCCAUCAAAUCGGAACUAUACAUCCCGACCCCCUCUUGGUGAUAUCACUAAUAUUGAUCAGCCUUCCGGUUCGAUGCCAGAAGAUGGGUCCGCAUCAGCCAUUGCUGAAUUCAAUCAUGAAAAAGAGUUGGCUAGGAGGCAACAUGCAAGAGACCGCAGUAGUAAUAUGGCAAACGAACGAAGGGAUCGGAGAAACGCACAGAGACGGGCAUCUUAUCGAAAGAAAAAGGAAGAGGGUACGAUCAACCUCCAAAACAAUAAUCAAGUGCAGCGUGAGCGACGAAAGGAACAACGAAACAACAGGACCCCUGAUGAGCAGGGGGAGUCAAGUGCGAAGAGAAAGGCAGACUAUGCUAGAAGGAAAAACACCCCGUGUGCUGAAUCGAUCGCAAUGCCACGUCCAGAUCUAACUAGCGCAUUGUCCAACUCUCCCUCUUUCAACACUCACGUCAAUUGUCCGACUCUCACACUUCGAACCAUCACGCAACAAUCCGGCAGUGAACAGAUAGAUCGUGAUACAACUAUCAAGUCGGCCCCCACAUACAUUCGCAACACCGAAACCGAUGGUAGUUAUCCCAUCAACGAUCAUCUUCCAUUUUGUAAUCAUUCAUCGGUUAAUUAUACCAAAUUCGAUAAUGUUGUAGGUGCAUACCUAAGCAGAACCUUAGGUGAUGGUGCUGUAGAUGGCGACCUCAUCGAAAUCAAUGAGCACCUACAAAGUGCCGACCUGCAAACCAGUGAUCCAGUAACAAUUGCGGAUAAUGGAUUUGACGAGCAGAGUCAUGAGUCCAGAGCUCGGCGUAGGACAAGAGAGCGAGCUUGCAAGGGAAGUAUGGCGGCGAUGAAGCGUCAGGAGAAAAUUGGCAAGCGAAAAACAUGUACGCAGGUGCCACGUGGUGAGAGGAAUGCUAUGCUAGAUCGUCGUAAUAAAAGGUUUGUAGGUAGGGUGAAUACCCCAACCGUCAGGUCCAUCUCCAUACCGAAAAUGAGCUCAACGGGACAACCUACCAUAGUUGAAGCACACAGUGCCUCAACAUCAUCUAGCACGCCGGAGUACACGAUCAGAAGUGAAGGUAACACGCCCAUCCUUACUCUCCUUGCGUCCCUUGAGACUGAACCCUCAUUUGUGUUGUUUGGCACCUGGGCAGACGACAUGGACGCUUACCUCAAUGGUCUCAUGAAUGAUGAUGUCAAUCCUGACGACCUCUUUGACGAUGAAUAUUACCUGUUUGCUGGUGAAGGCUCAGAUGCUGAUGACUUGGAGCACGACGAAUUGGAAGACUCAAGUCACGAAAACUAUGUCGACCAUGAUCCAUUUGACUAUGUGUACUCAAACCUGCCAGCCAACACACACAUCCUGAAGCACGCCGCGAACUGCGACCACUGCAAGGCCAAGAAGUUUGUGAGCGAGGCCCCAGGAUUCUGCUGUCGCAGUGGGCAGAUCGAGCUGAAGCAACUGGAGCCCAUCCCGGAGCUCAUGAGGCUUUGGUCUAGCACUGAUGCGGAUGCUAGGCAUUUUCGGGAGAACAUACGGUUUUUCAACGGACACUUCUCCUUCACAACCCUCGGCGUCAGCCUCGAUGAAACAUACACAAACAUGAAGUCUGGGGUGUACACGUUCCGGGCGCACGGCACCAUCUACCACAAUGUUCAUUCCUUCGGGCCAACAUCCCGUCCAGAUCAUCUACAGUUGUACUUCUACGACGACGACCCAGGCCUAACCCAUCGCAAGGCUGCCACCGAGCAAUUAGACCAGGAUGUCGUCAAAAAGUUGGUGCACAUACUCAGGGAAAACCCGUACUCUCAGCAGUUUAGGAGUUUGGGUGCGCACAGGGACAACCUCGACGAUUACAGGAUAGACCUCAACACUGACCAGAGACUAGACCAACGGAAGUAUAAUAGACCUCUGUCAUCUGAGGUCGCUGCAAUUUGGGUUGAGGGCACUGACCUAGCGAAGAGGUUCGAUCGUAGGAUUACACUUUGUGGGAACGACAACCAGAGGCACAGUAUACAUGUGACGGCUGGCUCGUAUGACCCGCUCUCUUACCCACUCUUCUACCCAAGGGGGGAGCUCGGUUGGCACCCGAAACUACCUAAACGUAAUGUCCCUUGGCCGGUUGUGCAACAACCAAGAGGUGGACGUGAUGAUGAUGAUGAUGAUGAUGAUGCAGAGGGGAAUAGCAGGUUAUGCGUCUCCGUGAGAGACUACUACUGUUACAUGCUGCAGACACGACCUGGGAUAUUCAAUCCCAUACUCUGUGGAGCACGAUUGCUCCAGCAAUGGGGGGUGGACAUGUACAUCAAGAUUGAGAGUUGUAGGUUGAAAUGGUACAGGAAGAACCAGACAAAGAUCCGUGCCGACCUGUAUAAAGGAGUUGUUGAUGCAAUUACAUCCGGGGAGACCCGGGCAAGCGCUGUUGGAGUAAGGAUAGUGCUCCCUGGAACGUACCCAGGUGGCGACCGCGACAUGAAGCGGAGGCAUAUGGAUGCCAUGGCAAUUGUCCAUACGUACGGGAAGCCUGACAUCUUCUUGACCAUGACCUGCAACCCUAACUGGGAAGAGAUAACGAAUGAGUUGUUUCCUGGUCAGACAGCACAAGAUCGACCUGAUCUUGUGGCUCGUGUGUUCCAUGGAAAGCUAGAGGCUAUGAAAGAGCUCUUGUUCAAGAAGAAUAUCCUGGGUGUUGUUGUCGCACAUGUAUACGUAGUCGAGUUCCAGAAGAGGGGCCUCCCCCACGCACACUUUUUGUUGAUCAUGGAUUCUGCAUAUAAGCUUGUCGUUCCGGAGCAGUACGACCGACUCAUUUCUGCCGAGCUCCCAGACAAGCAGAAGUAUACUGAACUCCACGCCUUGGUGGUGAAACAUAUGAUGCACGGACCAUGCGGUGCUCUCAACCCCAAAAAUGUGUGCAUGCAACAAAACGAGUGCAAGUGCAGAUACCCACGGCCGUUCAAUGAAAACACGGCACAAGGCAAGGACUCAUACCCAGUUUAUCGUCGUCGAGAUGAUGGUCGGCAGGCUAAGGUCCGUGGUAAAAUGCUGGACAACAGAUGGGUUGUGCCGUAUAACCCUUACCUUCUGCGGAUGUUCAAUUGCCACAUCAACGUUGAGGUUUGCUCUAGCAUAAAGGCCGUCAAAUACCUUUACAAGUACAUAUACAAGGGCCAUGAUAGGGCUUCUUUCAGCAUCGACCAGCCCGACGCCAAUGGUAACAUUGAUGAGAUCAAAAGAUACGUAGACGCAAGGUGGGUUACUCCUCCAGAGGCGAUGUGGAGGAUAUUUGGCUUCCCCUUGUGUGCCAAUGACCCGCCUGUCCUACAGUUGCCUCUUCAUCUCCCGAAUAUGCACAGGGUGGCCUUCAAUGAGCAAGCUCACUUGACCGACGUAGUCGCCUCUGAGAAUGCUUCCAAAUCCAUGUUAACAGAGUAUUUCAAAGCUAACCAAAACCACCCAUGGGCUAGGAAUAUAUUGUACAAGGAUUUUCCUGGAAGGUUCACAUGGCAAAAGGGUAAGAAGUAUUGGAAAGAGCGGGUGGAGCGUUAUCAGAUAGGUCGAAUUGUGUCUGCCAAUCCUGCCGAGGGGGAGCGAUACUAUCUACGUGUGAUGCUAAACCAUGUUGCUGGCAAGACAUCCUAUGAGGACCUGCUUACCGUGGACAGUAGGCUAUGCGGGAGCUUUAGAGAGGCUGCCGAAAGGUUGGGACUCAUCGAGGCAGAUAACACGCUCGACGACUGUCUUACCGAGGCAGAGCAAUGGGCGAUGCCAUGUUCGCUCAGGAGGCUCUUCGCAACAAUUUUGGUGCACUGUGAGCCAGGCGACGUGCGUGGUUUAUGGGAUAGGCACCUCGAGCCUAUGUCUGAUGACUAUCGGCGAUCACACACGUGCCCGAUUGAGGUGGAACAGAUGGUGUUGCUUGACAUUAGGGGUAUGUUGCAGUCCAUGGGCAAAGACAUAGCUGAUUUCGCUCUUCCAUGCAUUGACGAUGCGUUCGACCCAACCGAGGGCGAGGCCAGAGAAGUGAUCGAGGAAUCCAACAUCGAUUUUGACAUCAAUGACACUAAAUUGGCAUCGUCGCUAAACUUCGAGCAGAGGGUUGCAUACGACGAGAUACUAGCUGCUGUUGAUGGCGGUGAUGGGGGUGUGUUCUUUGUUGAUGGCUCGAGAGGUACAGGGAAGACCUUCCUGUACAGGGCGCUGCUCGCCAAGGUUCGAAGCGAGGGAAACAUCGCUAUCGCUACCGCGACGUCAGGCGUCGCGGCUUCUAUCAUGCCUGGAGGCAGGACUGCCCACUCGAGGUUCAAGAUCCCAUUGAGUUGCGACGAUGGGGCCUCCUGCACCUUCACAAAGCAGAGUGGUACCGCCAAGCUACUGAGGAUGGCCUCAUUGAUACUAUGGGACAAGGCCACCAUGACUAAGCGACAGGCGGUCGAGGCACUGGACAACAGCAUGCGCGACAUCAUGGGAAGACGGGACCGACCCUUUGGAGGAAAAACUGUUGUGUUUGGCGGGGACUUCAGGCAGGUGCUUCCGGUCGUCAGGAGGGGGUCCCGGGGUCAUAUAAUCGAUGCAACCGUCCGAAGUUCACAUCUAUGGAAGGGUAUGCGCCAGCUAAGGCUCGUCACCAACAUGAGGGCUCAUAAUGACACCUGGUUUGCGGAUUACUUGCUAAGGGUAGGCAAUGGCAUUGAGGAAGUUGACGAUCAAGGAAACAUACGACUCCCUGAAGAUAUUUGUGUGCCAUCUACAGGCGAGGGUGACGACCUAGAGAAGCUGAUUGACCAUGUGUUUCCGAGACUAGAUGACAACAUGUCCGAUCCGAAUUACAUGACUUCACGCGCAAUCCUCUCCACCACAAACGACAACGUCGACAAGAUAAACAUACGCAUGGUAGAGCGUUUUCGGGGAGAAGAAGUAAUCUACCAUAGCUUUGACAGUGCAGAAGACGACCCAUAUGGCUACUACGCUCCCGAGUUCCUGAAUGGGUUGACUCCCAACGGUCUGCCUCCGCAUGCACUCAAACUGAAGCUCAACUGCCCUGUCAUACUUCUGAGGAACAUUGAUCCGGCUAAUGGUCUGUGUAACGGGACGAGGCUUGUGGUCCGAGGUUUCGAGAGGAACGCCAUCGACGCAGAAAUCGUGAUCGGACAACACGCAGGUAGGAGGGUAUUCCUUCCUCGAAUACCCCUAUGCCCGUCUGACAAUGACAUGUUUCCAUUCAAGUUCAAGAGGAAGCAAUUUCCUGUAAGGCUUAGCUUUGCUAUGACGAUUAACAAGGCUCAAGGACAGACGAUUCCGAUUGUUGGCGUGUACCUACCUAAUCCGGUGUUCUCUCAUGGUCAACUCUACGUCGCGUUGUCUCGAGCCACCGCGAAGAGAAACAUAAAGAUCCUCAUUGAGAAGGAGAAGGAGAAGGAUAAUGGCAAGAAGCAAAGUGGUAAAUCAAAGAAGCGAAAAAGACCUUCCUUGUCCUUACAAACCUCGAUGAAGAACAUCGUCUAUAAGGAAGUCCUGACAGGCUGAAGUCCGCACUUACGAAACCGGCGGGUUUUGAAUAUGACAAUAGCAUUUACUCUUAUUCUACAGAUAAUUUGUUGCUCUGGAGCGCUUUUGUACAAAUGUUUAUCUUUGUUUUUUAUUUGACUGCAAUCUUUAUUUAAACGUGUGCGACCACUAUCAAAUUAAGAAUGCCCAGCUUCAGUAGCGUUGCUACGGGCCAGUGCACGUCAUCUUCAAUUUUAUCACGUUUUGCUCAGACUCUGAGGAUUUAGAGUAUGCAUCUAUACAGUUUUGGCAUCCAGUACACCUAUGAUUUGAACGCCUCAAGAUGUAGGUAUAGCCAAUAUGACCUGUUAGAUAAUAACAUGAGACGACCGCCCCCUGUUUUAAGUCUAUAUGUUUCAGUUUGGUUAGUAUACACUAGACAGAUUUAAUUAUUGUGGCAUUUUUGUCUAUCAAUAAUGUGUGUGCAUGUUUUCCUUAAGGAAACAACAUAUAGUUGUCUUCAUCACCGGAACACACUUUAGGUGCAGAUCAUGAUAUUUCAGUUGGGCAGUUUUGACAUGGUACAUUUUUUCAGUCAAUAUUUGUUUAACUUAAGCAGCAGUACUUCUCUCUUCAAAUGACACUACGACACCAUAAAGAAGUUGCAUACAUUUCAGCCGUUACUAAUGUGACUACCAUUGAAAAUGUCAUGUCAGACUCGAAUCACAUCGUAAUAGUUGUUAUAAAAAAACGUACUAUUGCUUGCCCACACAUUGAAGUACUACAUUUUUUAUUACCCUGUAUUUCUGAAAACUUUGCUACCAUGCCGGUUUGUUGCUAAACUCGUAAAGGUUUUCAAAAUUAAAACUGUGGUUCCUAAACCCUGUUAUGCUUUUGUUUGCAGCACAAUAUGGUGAUGCACAGUUACCACUUACCAGUAAAAGUAGUUCCUGUUUUAAUUUUGAGUGAACUGUUUGUUUUGGCCACGAGAUACUUUUUAAGUUUAAGGCAUUAAUUAGUUUUUCUUGAAUAACUUGUGGGUGCAUGCAGAAAACACAUACUUCAGCAUUUAAUUGAAAAGGCUACUAUUCUUAAAUAGUAGUCUCUGUUGUUUCUCUUAAAUAGAGAGCUCAUAGAAUGAAUAAACAGAAGUGUAGAUGUGAUGAAUAGAGUAGAUAGAAGUAUUGAUCUUACAAUUCUGUCAUGUGAAGUGCAUCAUCGAUUACGUGGCAGAAAACUCCUGUCCAAUUGAAGUGCAUGGAUUUUCUCAAGUUCAUCACGUUUGAAUGCAAACAAAAAUAAGAAGGAAUGUCAGGAUGUAGUUUGUUGAUUGUAAACAUAAAUAAUAUGGUAGCAGCCGCUUCUUGUUUUGAAAAUUGCAGUGCUCGUUUGACUGUAUCAGAUUAAGAAUGCCCUUUCGACUAAUCCAAAAUUCGUGGCUGUAAUUUCAAAUUGCAGUGCUCGGUGACUAUAGCCAAGAAGUAAAAUUUCAUAUUGCCUAGCUAGCCUGAUGCAUAAUGAGUCAUUUGAAAUGCAGAUGAUGAAGGAAAACAAGUAUUCGUCUGUCAGUAAGUAAUAAUUCUGUUAAGAACAGAACUAAAGGCAAGAAGAGU